AUGUCUUCCCCUGUCCGGCCAAGGCGCGCAACAAGGCGCACCGCCAUUAUCGAUUCUGACGACGAAGACGAUGUUUCCAACCGCUCUAGAGUCCAGGAUGAGGAGGAGGACUUUGAACCUGAGAAGCCGGCGCCCCGAAGACAGACUCGGUCACGCAAAUCGACGACUCCUGCGCCUGCGCCUGCUGCUGCACCGAAGGCGAGAGGGCGUCCUAGAAAAGCGCCGACUCCAGCUGCUUCGGCGGAGCCAAGCGAACUUCUGGAUGCCGAUACGACACUAAAGGCAGAGGCGAGUUCUCCUGCGAAGGUUGCGUCGCCGCGUAAGCGCAAGAGCACAGCCAGAUCAUCGAUCUCUUCAGUUCCCGACCUGGCCCCCCCUACACCGAAGCCAGAUUCACCGACAGCUUCUCAGGAAGCUUCUGCACUGGCCGAUAUCACUGAUUCUAGUGUGAAUACUUCUGUUGUCGACAAUACACAGGCAACUAUCAAGCCGAUCAAACCUAUGGACACCAUUAUGGAGAAGCCAAUGGAUAUUGUGCUCAAGUCACGGACAUUAGCUGUCCCUGUUGUUGAAGACACAACGCCCAAGUCUCGAAUUGUUUUGACGCAUCUUAUACUCAACAACUUCAAGAGUUACGCAGGCCGGCAAGAAGUCGGCCCUUUCCAUGCUUCAUUCUCAUCCGUUGUCGGACCCAACGGUUCCGGAAAGUCAAAUGUUAUUGACUCUCUGCUGUUCGUCUUCGGUUUCCGAGCUAGCAAGAUGCGACAGGGCAAGAUCUCUGCUCUCAUUCACAACUCAGCAAAGUUUCCGAAUUUGGAUCAUUGCGAGGUCGCCGUCUACUUCCAGGAGGUCAUGGAUCAGCCCGGUGGCGGCCAUGAGGUUAUCCCUAACUCCGAGCUCAUCAUUUCCCGAAAAGCCUUCAAGAACAACUCUAGCAAAUAUUACAUCAAUGGCAAAGAAUCCAACUUUACAACAGUCACCACUCUUCUUCGCGAUCGGGGCGUUGAUCUUGACCACAAACGAUUCCUGAUUCUCCAAGGUGAGGUCGAGUCCAUUGCUCAGAUGAAGGCCAAGGCUGGCAAUGAACACGAAGACGGUCUCCUCGAAUAUCUCGAGGACAUUAUCGGUACGUCCAAGUACAAGGCGCCCAUCGAAGAAUCCGCCACCGAGGUAGAGACCCUCAAUGAUGUCUGCAUGGAAAAGAGCGGUCGCGUUCAGCACGUCGAGAAGGAAAAGAACAGCCUUGAAGACAAGAAGGACAAGGCGAUCGCCUAUAUUCGCGACGAGAACGAGCUGGCGAUGAAGCAAUCUGCUCUCUACCAAUUGUUUACUCACAAGUGCAAUGAGAAUAUUGCUGUUACAGAGGAGGCCAUCAGCCAGAUGCAAGCUCAAUUAGACGCCGAGCUGGAGAAGCACCAUGGAGGCGAACAGAUCAUCAAGAGCCUCGAGAAGGACUACGCCAAGGGUGCCAAGGAGUUUGAAGCACAAGAGAAGUCAACACAAGCUUUGGUCAAGGAGAUGGCCAAGUUUGAGCAGGAGCGUGUCAAGUUCGACGAGAAGCGAAAGUUCUUGGACGACAAGCGUAAGAAGCUUGAGAAAUCUAUUGUCAACGCCGAAACGAACUCCGCCGAAGCCGACGAGACCAUCGAGCAGUGUGGAGAGGAGAUCGAGAACCGCACCCAGGAGAUCGCAGAGCUGGAGGAACAGAUCCAGACUGCAGAGGCUGAGCUUACUCGAAUUAGAGAGAGUCUUAAGGGCAAGACACAAGCUUUCUCUGAUCAGAUUGCCGCCAAGCAGAAGUCUCUUGAACCUUGGAAUGAGAAGAUCAACCAGAAGCAGUCCGCUGUCGCUGUCGCUGAGAGUGAGCUCAACAUCCUUCAAGAAAAGGCCAACGCCGGCGCUGUCGCUCUUCAAGACCUUGAGACCAAAAUCGCUUCGAUUGAGGAGGGCAAGACUGCCAAGCGCGCCGAGCUCAAGUCCUGCCAGACCGAGAGGGCUAAGCUUCUGGAGGAGGCAGAGAAAAUGAGGUCAGAGCUCAAGGUCCUGUCUGAGCAGGAGCCCAAGAUUCGCUCCAAGAUCUCGAAUGCGCGCCAAAAGGCUGACGAGGCCCGCUCAAGCUUGUCUAACACACAGGCGCGGGGUAACGUGCUUGCUGCCUUGAUGCGCAUGAAGGAGUCUGGUCGAAUCGAUGGCUUCCAUGGACGUCUCGGUAACCUUGGUACGAUUGAUCAGAAGUACGAUGUCGCAAUCUCAACAGCUUGUGGUGCCCUCGACAACUUCGUCACUGAGACUGUCGAGGCUGGUCAGCAGUGUAUCGAGUAUCUGCGAAAGAACAACGUCGGACGCGGUAACUUUAUCUGUUUGGAUAAGCUGAGAGUUCGAGACAUGUCGCCCAUCCAGACACCCGAGAACGCUCCCCGAUUGUUUGACCUCGUCACGGCCAAGGAAGACAAGUUUCGAGCUGCUUUCUACCACGCCAUGCAAGAUACUCUUGUCGCUGCCGACCUCGCCCAGGCGAACAGAAUCGCAUAUGGCGCCAAGCGAUGGCGAGUUGUCACUCUCGAUGGUGAACUCAUUGACAAGUCCGGUACCAUGUCUGGUGGUGGCUCGACUGUCAAGAGAGGUCUCAUGUCUUCCAAGCUCGUCUCAGACGUCAGCAAGGAGCAGGUCGCCAAGUUUGAGAGUGAUCGCGAUGGCUGGGAGCAGCAGUUCAAAGAUUUCCAAGAUUAUCAACGCGAGUGCGAGACACGACUCAGGGAGUUGGGCGAGCUGAUUCCUCAGCUAGAAACCAAGAUGCAGAAGAUUAAUCUUGAGAUACAGAGCGCCGAGCGAAACAUCGCCGACAUGCAACGACGCAUGAAGGAAGUCAGCAAGGAGCACCAGCCCUCGGCCUCCGACAACAGUCGCAUCGCUGCUCUGCAGAAGGAGAUCGCAAAGCUCAACAAGGAGACUGAAAGACUUCACGAAGAGACAUCCAGCGUGGAGGAUGAGAUCAAGGCUCUGCAAGACAAGAUCAUGGAAGUUGGUGGUGAGAAGCUUCGUGCGCAAAGGGCCAAGGUCGACUCUAUCAAGGGGGAGAUCUCCUCCAACAACGAGGAAAUCUCUAAUGCUGAGGUCCGCAAGGUCAAGGCUGAGAAGCAGAAGAUCAAGCUGGCGAAGGAUCAUGCGAAAUCGUCCAAAGAGCUUGAGGCUGCUACUCGGGAUCUUGAGAAGCUUGAGAACGACAUCAACAACCAGGGCGAGAGAGCUGAAGAGCUUCAGGCACAAGUUGAGGAGGCUGAAGAAGGAUUGGCCGCUAAGAAGAAGGAGCUUAAGGCGCUCAAGAGCGAGCUUGACGAGAAGACGGCUGAGCUCAACGAGACAAGAGCGGUUGAGAUUGAGAUGCGCAACAAGCUGGAGGAGAACCAGAAGGCUCUUCUUGAGAACCAAGCACGACUUCGCCACUGGGACGAUAAGCUGUCGAAGAUUGUUCUGCAGAACAUUGACGACCUUACGGGAGGCUCAUCGGGCAGCCGCUUCAAGAGACCCAAGCCGCAACCCAAGCCUCAGACGGAUGACGAUGAUGACGUCGACAUGGACGAUGCUCCUCAGGACGAUGUGGACAUGACCGACGCUCCCCAAGAAGAGGAAGAACAAGAGGACCAAGAAGAGGAUGAGGAUGAGGAGGAAUCUGCCAAUGGGCAGCCAAACGAGCUUCCGAGAUACACACCCGACGAGCUCGCUGACAUGAAUGAGAGGACACUCAAGGGCGAGAUUGCAGCUCUCGAGGAGAAGACACAAAAUGUCAACGUCGACCUUGGUGUCCUCGCUGAAUACCGCAGACGAGUGGAAGAGCAUGCUGCUCGUGCCUCAGAUCUCCAAACUGCCAUUGAACAGCGAGAUUCUGCCAAGAAGCGAUGCGACGACCUACGCCGUCUACGUUUGGAAGGUUUCAUGGAAGGUUUCAGCGCCAUUUCCCUCCGACUCAAGGAAAUGUAUCAGAUGAUCACCAUGGGCGGCAACGCAGAGCUCGAGCUCGUCGACAGCUUAGAUCCCUUCAGCGAAGGUAUCCUCUUCAGCGUCAUGCCACCCAAGAAGAGCUGGAAGAACAUCAGCAACCUUUCCGGUGGUGAAAAGACACUCAGCAGUCUGGCCCUCGUCUUCGCUCUGCACCACUACAAGCCUACCCCUCUGUAUGUCAUGGACGAGAUCGAUGCUGCGCUGGAUUUCAGAAACGUCUCGAUCGUCGCAAACUACAUCAAGGAGCGUACCAAGAACGCCCAGUUCAUCGUCAUUUCGCUGCGCAACAACAUGUUUGAGCUUGCGGCGCGGUUGGUGGGCGUGUACAAGGUCAAUCAUAUGACCAAGAGUGUCACUAUUGAGAACAAGGACUACAUCGCGAGACCGCCGGGACACUCGUCGCAGCAGCGCACGCAGGUUGGGGGUAAUACGACGAUACUGCCCUUUCGGUAA